AUGGGCUGCUGCAUGGCCUCCCGCCAGGCCCUCGCGCCCGAGGACCAGCAGGCCAGCGGGCCGCCCCCGCACAUGCCAGAUGUCGCGGAGGUGUCCGUGCCCGAGGACCCGCAUGAAAGCAACGCCUUGCCCGAAUCUUUGGCGGCGCCCGUCGACCAGCAGCACCCGCAGGAGGUCCCCAAGAAGGAGGAGCAGGAGUCGUUCGGCCAGACUCGGUAUACGGACCCCGCGAGCCUCUUCGACGCGCUCGCGUUCACCGUAGAGGGCCUCCACCCCGUGCGCUUGGUCCGCAUGUCGUGGCUGCUGCAGCAGCGUGGCACGGUCCUGCAUAGGCGCCAGGAGCUGCCGGAGGAGGCGUUCGUGUCCCCGGACGAGUUGCGGGCCGUUUGGGAGGCCGGCGGGCGAGGAGGACUAGACCAGGUGGCGCCGAUCGUCACUAUCUCGUUCUGCUGGGACUCACGCGAGCAUCCCGACCCCAAUGGGGUGCAGCUGAGUUUGGUGAUUGACACCCUGGAGGAGGAGCGCCACAAGUACUCCAGAGCAGAAUUCUGGAACUUCUUCAAGGGGUUCAGCGAGAUGGGAGUCUUCUGGGACUGGCCCUCGCUGCUGCAGGGCGACCCGACCAAGGCCGAGGAGGCGAAGGCCGCCGCCUUGCGGCAGGGCAAAUCCGAGAAGGACGCGCAGGAGGCCGCGGACGAGGCCAAGCGGACCCCCGCCGAGAAAGCCGCCUUCAAGCACGCGCUGGAGGAUACAAUGGACCUCUGGUACGCCCACCAGGCCACCACCGUUCUCCUGCUCACCCAGCACCCCCGCGAGCGGGGCAGCGCGCGCGAGUGCGGCUACGACCAGUCCGGCUGGACGACGUACGAGCGCUGCUCUGCGGAGCAGAUCAAGAAAGUGUUUCGCUUGGAGGCGAGGUGGAACGCCGUGGCCGACCUGGGGCAUGGGGCAGGGGCGAAGGAGGCCGGGAGGAGGUGGCCGGUGGGCCCGGACGAGUUCGACCGGCUCAUCGAAGACAGGUCGUUCACCAACGGCGCGGACCGGGAGGCGGUGAAGGCGCUCUUCCGCAAGAUGAGCCGCGCGCAGCUGGGCGGCGUAACGAUGCUGGAGUACACCGGGAUGCCGCCCCCGACCCCCGAGCAGGCCGCGGGGCUCGCAAGCUGCUUGCGGCUGUGCGCCCGCUUGGAAAUUCUUCGAAUGCAUUGGACCUGCAUCGGCGUCGAGGGCGCGCGGGCCCUGGCCGGGGCGCUGCCCUCCCUGCCCAGCCUGCAGAAGCUGCACCUGUCCGACAACAGCAUCGGCGCCGAGGGCGCGCGGGCCCUGGCCGGGGCGCUGCCCUCCCUGAGCUGCACCUGUCCUACAACAGCAUCGGCAACGAGGGCGCGCGGGCCCUGGCCGGGGCGCUGCCCUCGAGGUCCCUGCCCGCCCUGCAGGUGCUGUCCCUGUCCGACAACAGCAUCGGCGCCGAGGGCGCGCGGGCCCUGGCCGGGGCGCUGCCCUCCCUGCCCGGCCUGCAGGUGCUGCACCUGUCCGACAACAGCAUCGGCGACGAGGGCGCGCGGGCCCUGCGCGGGGCGCUGCCCUCCCUGCCCGGCCUGCGGGAGCUGCACCUGCGCAACAGCAUCGGCAGCAACUGCUUCCUGGCCUGCAUCGGCAAGGCGGCGCUGCGGGCGGCCUGGGGCAGCCGGGGCGAUGGUUUGA